GACUAGAGUCGGUUCUAGAAGUUUUUAGGUUGUAACGACUCAGUAGUGGCGAAUUUGCAAACUUUCUCGGGAAAAUUUGUGUAUUGAGGGAUAUACUCGAGUAGAUUGACGACCAUAGAUUCUUCUGAUUUGAAGUCUAGUCGUCUAGGGCGUUGAUUUGGAAGAAAUCGUUGCUUUGAUUCGGCUGAGGAUCUCCGUGAGUCGCUGGUUUUCUGUGUUCUAGGGUUUUGAAGCAAGUUGCGUAAGAAACUCUUGAGAAUGAAAAACGAGAGAGAAGUUAAGAAUGGUGAUGUUGAGGAAGAACGAGAGAUGAAGCGUACGAGAUUGAUAGAACGGUCUGCUUCGCCUCCUCCACCACUGGGUUUCAAUAACCCUUUAUUGCCGUUGGCGAAUGCUUACGAUGAAGACGAUGAAGAAGAGGAAGGCGAGAGGAGAAAUCCGCAAGCUCGUGGAAGUGGAGAAGAAGAUAAUGGAACUGCGAUAGGAGAGGGGAAUGGGAACGAAGUCGUAGGAGAAGAAGAUAAUGGAGCUGCGAUAGGAGAGGGGAAUGGGAACGAAGUCGUAGGAGAAGCAGAUAAUGGAGCUGCGAUAGGAGAGGGGAAUGGGAACGAAGUCGUAGGAGAAGAAGAUAAUGGAGCUGCGAUUGGAGAGGGGAAUGGGAACGAAGUCGUAGGAGAAGGUGAACAAGAGCUCAAUGACGACGAAGAUGAUGCCUCGAUGGGUCGGGGAAAGCAUUCACGCCAUGUUGAAGUCCGUCGUGAUUGCCCUUAUCUUGAUACCGUUAAUCGUCAGGUCUUGGAUUUUGAUUUCGAGAGGUUUUGCUCUGUGUCCUUGUCGAAUUUAAAUGUGUAUGCGUGUCUUGUUUGCGGGAAGUAUUUCCAAGGAAGAAGCCAGAAGUCUCAUGCUUAUACACAUAGCUUGGAAGCAGGACACCACGUUUAUAUCAAUCUUUUGACAGAGAAGGUGUAUUGUCUUCCUGAUAGUUACGAGAUCAAUGACCCUUCUUUGGAUGACAUUCGACAUGUCUUAAACCCAAGGUUUAGUAGGGCACAAGUGGAAGAGCUUGACAGGAAUAAGAACUGGUCUAGGGCUCUUGAUGGCUCUGACUAUCUUCCGGGAAUGGUGGGGUUGAACAACAUACAAAAGACAGAGUUUGUGAAUGUUACAAUCCAAUCGUUGAUGAGAGUUACUCCCUUAAGGAACUUUUUCCUUAUUCCCGAGAACUAUCAGCAUUGCAAGUCUCCUCUUGUUCACCGCUUUGGGGAACUCACCCGAAAGAUUUGGCAUGCUCGAAACUUUAAAGGACAGGUGAGUCCACAUGAAUUCUUGCAAGCUGUCAUGAAAGCUAGCAAGAAACGAUUUAGGAUAGGCCAACAGUCAGAUCCAGUGGAGUUUAUGUCGUGGCUCCUCAACACUUUGCACAUGGAUCUAAGAACUUCAAAGGACGGCAGCAGUAUCAUCCACCAGUGCUUCCAGGGUGAGUUGGAGGUUGUGAGAGAGUAUCAAGGCAAUGAAAACAAAGAAAUCUCCAGGAUGCCUUUUCUGAUGCUUGGGCUAGAUUUGCCUCCGCCUCCUCUUUUCAAAGACGUCAUGGAGAAAAACAUAAUCCCGCAGGUUUUCCUAUUCGAUUUACUGAAGAAGUUUGAUGGAGAAACUGUGACAGAGGUGGUUCGCCCUAGGCUGGCAAGAAUGAGAUAUCGCAUAACAAAAUGUCCUCCUUACUUGAUGUUCCAUAUGGUUCGGUUCAAAAAGAAUAACUUCUUCAAGGAGAAGAACCCUACUUUGGUAAACUUCCCUGUGAAGGACAUGGAGCUGAGGGAUUACAUACCAUCUUUGCCUACAGUCGCUGAAGGCGAGAGGGUGUGUACCAAGUAUAAUCUAAUCGCUAACAUUGUACAUGAUGGUAAGCCUGAGGACGGGUAUUUCAGAGUCUUUGUGCAGCGCAAGUCUCAAGAACUAUGGUACGAGAUGCAGGAUCUUCAUGUUGCAGAGACACUUCCCCAAAUGGUAGAACUAUCGGAGGCGUACAUGCAGAUCUAUGAGCAGCAGGGGGAAUAGAGCAGCGGGAAACAAACUCUCAUCUCCUUAAGAAUUAGUGUCCAGGUCUUUUCUUGAAUUGACUAGUUAGAUUAGAGAUUUAUUUCACAACUUUUUGGAGAUAAUCUUUAGUCUUGGAUAUGCAACAAUCAAAGGGCCUUUUGGGAACAGUCUUAUAUCCAUUACCUGUAGUAGUAAUGGAUAUAUCAACCCAAUUAAAAACAGAAAGAUGAGUUUUGGCCUUUUGGGAACAGUCUUAUGCAUCAUUUUGAAAUUUUGAGUUAAAUUGUGUACAAAUUUAAAGACCACGGUAUAAAGUAACUUUUCAUGUCAAAAAAUUGUUCGAAAAUUCUUAAUGAAAUGUUUUCA